AUGGCACGUAUAUCUCAUUUGAUAAGUAUUGUUCGUCGUCUUGAUCCACAUGCGCUUGUGGCUGGCGAUGCUAACUUACACCAUGAUAUCUGGGACAGUCGUUUGCCUGCUUCCAAAGAAGGAGAAGACUUUGCAACAACUUUGGUGGAUCUUGGAUUUGAAGUGGUAAAGAACCCUUUGCUGGCAACACGAACCAAUGGAACUGAUAGCUCGUCCCCUGAUGUGACAUUCUCACGUUCGGUGACUGUUGACAUUUGGUUACUUACACCGUAUAUGGAUUCUGAUCACUGUCUGAUCAGUUACCCCCUUGCGAUAGGUGAAGGCGAACCUAGCGUAGCUAAUACACUUCCGCGCCGCAAAUCUGCAACGUUUGCUCUCCGAAAGGCUGAUCGGCCCAACUUCACUUCGAAGUGCGACUCGGCGUUAGCAAAUGCUACUACAUGGCAUUCGGUCUAUCGUGGCAUUCUGUGUGCGGCAAAACAAACUAUUCCUAAGGGCAGCCGUGACAACCCUCGUACGAUUUGGACGGAAGAUAUGGAUUUGGCAUCUCAACAGGCUAAGUGCGCGUUUCAGGCUCACCUUGCCACCCCAUAUGAUGACAUGCUUUUGGACGCAUUCAUCUGGGCCAAGGAUCGACAAACCUCAGCUUUUCGUCGAGGGAUCCAAUUACUUAUGGAAUCCCGCGCUCAAAAACUCGGGGCCCCGUGCACCUCCCAGUUGGCGUUAUUUAAGAGGAUUGGCGGCAUCGCCUCCUCACCCACUUUCUACAGUGGUUCUCCGAUCACUUAA